UACAGGUCAGCUUGCACAGGCUCUCUCUCCCACUUCUCGCUGAACCCGGACGUCCCUCCUAUAUAAGACCUCGGCUGGUCACGACACUUGUAACCUUUUGACGGCAGAUUGAAUAUCCGGGCAAUUGUAGUUUUUAAAUAGUUAGUGUAGUCCUUUAUCAAAAACAACAAUCCAGGCUCAACAAAAACUUAAACUCUAGAUAGUUCAAGAAACUCCGUUCUUGGUAAUAGCAUUAUUAAACGACUGUAGGGCUUUACAAGCAGGGUUCGACAUGAUAUUGUAGAGUAAUCUUCUAGCCGGCUACUACGAGGUUGCCACUGAGCUAGCUGGUUAGCACCGCAGAGCCGCUUGUUGUUGCUAAGCGACUUGUAUCCAAAGAGCCAUUUAGCAUCUGGAGUACAGUUUGUGAGUUACUUUAGCUUAAAUACUCGUUAGGAAGCUAGACAGAAAAUAAACUUCUGCGGUCAGAUGAAUCGAAGAGCGACUAAUUGCGUUCACAUUUUCACAUGAUGCUAAAUGCGUUUUAAAAUGAGUUUUCAGUGGAAAGCAGGUUGUUAAGUUUGGAUAAUGCUAAACAGCCGGAGCGAACAGCGACUGCUAUUCACGUGUCAUCAUAAGCAAACAACGAUGGCCAGCUAGUGAUAAAUGUUUGCAGUCAAAGGCGUGUUUUAGGUUUUGUGGUUCCGUUAUUAAUGCUAAUUUCAACAAGCUAGGAAGCUGAGCAGCCUUGGAGAGAGCUUGAAAACGUUUGCAGUUACCGUCACUGAAAUAGUCAAGACUCGGGUUACACUCCUCCGUCAGAUGGCGUUCUGCCUGGCUGAGCUGCACUUGUGGUCCACCAAGAGCUCACUCCAAGUCAAAGAUACAGAUAUUGGCACCUAUCAGUACUACGAUAAAGGAGAGCCAGCCGGUCCCCUCAAGCAUCACUAUUACAAUGAGAAACUGCAUUUCUGUGAAGCUCGAGGCUAUUCGUGGACCCCCAGGAACCGCCGACCAGAGAAGCUACGCGAUUCGCUGAAGGAGUUGGAGGAACUGUUGCUGACCAACACCUGCGUUCACACCAGAUGGAGGAAAAAGCAUUGCUGCCAGGUAAUAAUGAGCAAUGGAGCACUGGUGACUCUGAUCCUAAAUGGACCUCAGCUCGAACAAGUGUGUAUAGACCGCAUAUUGGUGGGCAGACUACCAGCCAACACUGUGACUGAUGCGGUGCUGAGCGACAGGCUGAUUCUGCUGUCCUUCCUGGAGCAGAGCAAAGUGGCCGCAGUCUACCUCAACCAAAAGCACCAGGACUCCCCAGGGACUGGCAGGCGCACAGACAAACUCUCACCCUCUGAAAUCAAGAUGGUGUGUGUGGACUUAGGUGGGCGGGGCCGUAGGCUUCACAGGCAUGUGGGUCUCAACCGUCUCCAGGAUGUGGCGGUCUGCUGGUGGAACCUGGACGAGCCUGGUGAGGAGCUGUGGCCCUGGACUCCCACAGACACACACAGGAACAACCUGGUCCUGCUCAGCUGCUCGCCUACUGAAGGCCUCAAGGUCCUCAGCUCUGUCCGGACAGAAGCCAGUCCCAUGGACUGCCGCUUCAGCCUGCUCCAGCCCUACCAGCUGCUAACAGUAGAGCUACCUGCAGGACCACGAGGAUUUGGAGAGGGGUUGUGGACAGACACCUGUGUGUAUGAAUGUGCACGCGAGCGCCUGCACCGCCUGUCCGUCAUCCGCAUCCCACUACCAUCCCAGCCUGUCUCCUGCUCUCGUCACCCCCAUGAGACCACAGUUCUCCUGGGCUUAAGUGACUCCUCUCUGGUCCUGUAUGACCAACGACGGGGGAUCUCUCUCCUGGCCUCCUGCCCAGUGCUUCCCACCCUCCUCGCCUGGCACCCUGCUGGGGCUAUGGUCAUGGUAGGGGGAGGGCAGGGGGAGCUGAUGUGCUUUGAUGUGGGCUUGGCACCUUUCAGAAUGGCACUAGUGGCAGAGGAGGUGGCUUCAGCUGCCACGCUAAGACUAGCUCAGCACCUGCGCUGCUGUGGAGGCCUUGUGGGACUGCAUUGGGGGACAAGCCUGGAAGGAGGCCCGGAGGGGGCAGAUAUCCUGAUGUUGGCCUUUCAUGGGGGGCCACUUGCAGCCUUGAGAUUCAGACUAGGGGUGCUGACUGGGGGCCAGAUGGGUCCUGGGGAGCUGCUGCAGCAGCGACUGCGUUGUGGCCAGGUCAGAGAGGCACUGGGCAUCCUGGAGGCCAUGGACUGGAGCAUCAUGGGAGAUGAGUGCUACCGAUGCCUGAGCUCGGUCACCAACCACCUGCUGAGGCUGGAGCUGAACGCAGAGCGAGAAGCCCAACUAGAAGCAGCUCUGGGUGUGUUUUAUGCCCCACCUGCUCCUCUCCCUGAUAUGGUGAUACUUGAGUACAGGGAACCAAUCAGCAAGUAUGCCCGCCGCUUUUUUCACCACCUCCUCAGACAUCAACGCUUCGAGAAGGCCUUCCUCCUCGCUGUAGAUUUAGAAGCCAGAGAUUUAUUCAUGGACCUCCAUUAUGUUGCCAGCGAUAAGGGCGAGGUGGUGCUAGCGGAUGUGGCCAAGAGGAAAGCUAAUGAAAUGGAAGCCCAGGCCGUCGCAGGCAGCGAGGUUCCUCCAGGAGGCAGAAAUGGUGUGUUGUGUGGUUCUAACGUCAGGGACACACAGACUGAGAGGAACCAGAGUACAGCAGGACCUUCGUACUCAGGCGCUCCCACAACGCACGCUGAUGGAAGAGCCAAUCAGAGGAGACCACAGGAAGAGAUCCUACGUGUGGCCGUGAGCCCAGACGCGUUCAGGACACUGAGACAAACAGGAAGCAGCGAUGUUGACGGAGACAACAGGACUGAGGAUGAAGACCCCGAGAUGCUUCACGUCGUCCAUUUAGGAAUGGUUUGAAAACAAAGAUAGGAUAAGAGCUUUUUAUGAACCCCAGCUGGGAGAGAAACAAAAACAUCUCACCAAUAACAGGCUCUCUUUGUCUACAAUAUUAUAAGUAGACUCUUACCUGUGAUAUUACCUGGACAGGGACUCAAGUGCUUAUCAUAGAUGACCGAUAAAAAUGGACUAAUACAUAAGUAUUAUAUGUAAAUGUAUUAAUUUUGUUGUACCAGUUGUACAUUUUAAACUGAGAGACAGCAGAACUAAAAGCCUUUAUUAUUAUUAUUAUUUUUUUUUAGACCUGUCAUAGUUUAUCUGUGAAAUUUCAGCCAAGUCUGAAACACUGAGCAGCUCUAUGGGUGUGAUUUCAGGUUAUUUUCUGUCGUAGUGAAUUCUAAACUAAAUUAACCUUGAAAGAAAACAGUUACACCGGGUUCUGCCUUUAAAAACAUGACAGAAAGUGUUUUAAACCUUGCCAUUAAUCAGCCUGAAAAAAUAAAGACUUCUAUUAUACUUCCAUCACUGCUGAUAUUGAACGUUCCAGGCUUCCUCUGCGUGUGUGUGUGUGUGUGUUGGCCGAGAUUACGGGCCACAGUUUUAUUCAUGAAUAGGAGCCAACCAGCGUCUUUAAAGCAUCGCGCGGAGCCCCUUUCCUGAACAGCAGCCAUAGCCGUGUCAGAGCUGUCGACGCGCUGCGCUCACCGACUAAUCUGACAGCGCCGCGCGAGCCCUAAUCCCUCACUGUAUCGUAAUCUAUUUACUUUGCAUUCUAAGAGGAUUUCCACCAAAAAAUAUACAAGAAGCGAUGUUGGAAAUGGACAGAAGAUCAGCGAGGAUGCUUUUCUGCUCCUUUUUUUUGUUUUGUUAGCUUUAAAAAAAAUCAUUGUAUGUUUUUUGGGGAGUCAAUCCCCUGCAAGAGGGAUGGGUGAAAGGAAUUACAUUUCUGACUGAUACUAAUACUUCUCUUAUGUAAACAUCAAAAUGUUAUAUUUCCCCUCUGAUGAUACAGUCACACUGCAGAGACUGCUGGAGAUAAGUGGCAUCUGUCGAUGCCUUUAGUGCAUCUCUUGACACGUUUAUAAUUUACAAACCAAGGCUGCAUUAUCUCCCGAUUGUUUGACUUGACAGCUUGAAUAAAAGCUGCAAAAUUGCUUAACAGGCGAGCACAAGUUCCUCCCGUGUCUCCGAUGCCCUACACAGUAGCCUUUUUGACAUGCAAACAGUGACAUCUCCUCUUUCAUAAUACAGAAAACAAAGUAUGAGACCAAAUGCUCUCCUCAGUUACCCUUUAAGCAAUUAUGUCAGCUUUGUAAAAUCAUAAAUAGUUAUGCUUCAUUUAAAAUGUGGCCAGCAGCUUUAUUGUAAAACACCACCUCGUGCUCAAAUCUCUGCCAUCCGAGAUGACUCGCAGAGAUAGGCUUAUUAGUGGUAUUAACAUACUGCGCAGCAUGCUGGAGCUGUGAAACGGCCUUGUUAACAUUUGGAAAUGAAUCAAGCCUCCGGCACUUGCUAUUAUCCAGGUUAUCUGCUUUUUUUCCCCCCCUCUCCUCUGUGCAACAGCUGCGCGGUGUUUCUGCGGAGGCCUGAUCACAUCUAAUGACGGCUCUGAUUGGACUGAUGCUGUUUCCCCUCAGGGGCACCUUGUAUGUUUUAUAGGUUUGUUUCACUGAUCUCCACAAGCCAGAUACCCAAAAUAUUAAAAAUAUGUCUGCAAUAUGUUGUCUAUUAAAGAUAUCAAGGAGGCAUAAUUACUUUCAACUGAGGCUAAUUGGAAUCCUCUUAUUCUCAGGAAAAAUGAUGGAAUAGUGUUGUCGGUUCUCAAGUCAGUGAGUAAGAUGUAAAGAUCAUACCACACAUUUUUUAUAGAGAAAAGUACUUAAUUAUGGUGCAGUUUAUCUGUUUUUGCUUCCUGAAAAAGCCUCUGACAAGUCAACGUUACGCUCUGUGAUUAAGCGGCCUCAGACUGAUGUCGGAGAGAAACAUCAGGCUUCUGCUCAGGCUUAAAAUAAAUGUUAAACUCGUGGCCAACUUCUCGUCAAACAUCCUCAACACCAGGAGACCUGGAACGUGAAGUUUUACAGCUGAAGCUCAGUGGGCUUUCAUGUGCUCACGUCUGUGAUGUUUAGCUUUUUCCACCCUUUAACUGACCCAAAACCUGUACACUUCUUAAAUUCAUUUUUGGCA